AUGAUAGAAAAUCAUAAUCGAUCAUAUGAUAUUGAAUAUAUCAAAUUAUGGUUAUUAGAGCUUAUCAACAAUUCGUCUAGUUCCAAUAAUCCUCUCAGUAAAAAUCAAGUUUCAAGAGCAUUUACAGCUUUAGGUUUAAAAACAUUAAUAACAAGAGAAAAGCAUAAUGGCAAGUGGAGAUCUUUAGUGAUAGUUCGUGCAUCAAAAGAUGAAUUAUCAGAAAUAUUCCAAAAAAACGGAAUUUGA